UUGAUGAUUAUUACAUUAAUAUUCAUCGUAAUAAAAAAUCACGUGUUAUGGAUUAUUUUUAAAUUUAGAAAUUAAAAAAUUUGUAAAUAUUGUUUUAAAAAAGAUAUAACAUUAUCUACGCACCGAAUAUCUAAUUUUGAUUGAAGUGCUACAGAAUCAUGUUGAAGAUGUUGAGUUUGUCACAAAAUUCUUAUUUACGUCAAUUUGGAUUGAAACACUAUUUGAAAUAUCGCAAUUUCCAUUCAAAAAGAAAUGUAGCAUUUAGUGCUACAAAAUAUGAUAGAAAUGUAACAGAAAGUGAUGUUAAUAAAUUUAAAAAUGGACAAAUUAUUCAUGGUUUUAUAGUAGAUGAAAUUGCAAAAAUAGAUGAAGUAUAUCUAACUGCAGUGAGAUUAACUCAUUUGGGAACAGGGGCACAGUAUUUACAUUUAGCCAGAGAUGACAGUAAUAAUGUAUUUUCAGUUGGAUUUCGUACAACUCCAAAAGAUUCUACGGGUUUACCUCAUAUCCUAGAACAUACUACUCUCUGUGGUAGUGAAAGAUAUCCAUGUAGAGACCCAUUUUUCAAAAUGUUACGGAGAUCGUUGGCUACAUUUAUGAAUGCUAUGACAGGACCUGAUUAUACCAUAUAUCCAUUUUCUACACAAAAUUUGAAAGAUUAUCGAAAUUUACAGUCAGUAUAUCUGGAUUCUGUAUUUAAACCAAAUUUAAGAGAACUUGAUUUUAAACAGGAAGGAUGGAGAUUAGAACAUGCAGAUAUUAAUGACAAAAAUUCCCCUAUUAUUUUUAAAGGCGUAGUUUUUAAUGAGAUGAAAGGUGUCUUUAAUGAAAAUCAAACAAUAUUAGCUGAAAAAUUACUAAAUCUUAUUUUACCUAAUCAUACGUAUGCAGUAAUUUCUGGUGGAGAUCCUCUUGUUAUUCCUACUUUAAGAUAUGUUGAUCUACUCAAUUUCCAUCAAAUUUAUUAUCAUCCUUCUAACUCUCGAUUCUAUUCCUAUGGCAAUUUUCCUUUAGAAGAUCACUUAAAAUUUAUCAAUGAUCGAUACCUCUUUCUAAUGGAUAAGAUAGAUACAUCUAUGUCGAAAGUUCCUUCAGAAAAACGGUGGAACAAUCCAAAGAAAGAACAUAUUACAUGUAGGCCAGAUCCAAUGGCUCCAGAUCCUAGUCGACAAGGUAGCAUAGCUAUUGGUUAUUUGUGCAAUGAUAUCACGGAUAUACAGAAGAAUUUUGAAAUAAACAUUUUAUCUCAACUAUUGUUAAGAGGUCCAAAUUCAGCAUUUUUUAAGGCCUUAGUAGAAUCAAAAUUGGGAACUGCUUUUGGCCCAAUGACAGGUUUUGAUUCCCAAUGUAAAGAUACCAUGUUUGUUGUCAGUUUGCUUGGUGUUAAACCAGAAGAUUUUGAAAAAGUAGAUAAGGCUUUUAAUGAAACUGUACAAAAAGUUGUUAAAGAAGGUUUUAUGGAAGAUCAUGUUGAGGCUGUCCUACAUAGUAUUGAGCUUCAACUAAAACAUCAAACUUCCAAUUUUGGAUUGCAAUUACUUUUUAGCUUAACACCAUUAUGGAAUCACAAUGGCGAUCUUAUACAAUCAAUGAGAAUCAAUGAAGCAAUUAGGAAAUUUAGAGAAGGAAUAAAGAACAAUCCUAAAUAUCUUCAAGAAUUAGUGAAAACAUAUCUAAUGGAUAAUAACCAUAGAUUGACAUUAACAAUGCUACCAUAUGAGAAAUAUGAUCAUGAAAAAGGAGCUGCUGAACACGAAUUGUUAGAAUCUAAAUUAAAACAACUUUCCAAAGAAGAAUUAGAUCAAAUUUAUAUAGAUGGAAAAAUUCUUCUUGAAGAACAACAGAAAGAAGAAGAUGUAAAUGUCCUUCCUACUUUAGAAAUAAAAGAUAUAAAAGAAGAUGUAGAACGAUAUAAGUUGGAGGAUAUGAAGGUAGUUGGUGUUCCUUUACAAGUUGCUACUGAACCAACAAAUGGUGUUUGUUAUUAUCGAGGAAUUCUUGGUACACAAGAUUUAGCACAGGAAUUAAAACCAUUGUUGCCACUUUUCAAUAAUAUUAUUUCAAAAAUGGGUACAAAAAAUUAUGAUUAUAGAAAUUUUGAUCAAAUGAUACGAUUGAAGACUGGAGGUUUAAAUUUUAUGAAUCACAUUGUAGAACAUAAAAAUAGCUUAUUGCAAUAUGAAGAAGGAAUAUUAAUAGAAUCUUAUUGUCUAGAUCGUAAUGUAAAUGAUAUGUGGAAAUUAUGGUUAGAGUUGUUCAAUAAUGUCCAAUUAUCUGAUAUUGAGAGAUUUACAACAUUAGUUAAAAUUAAUGCUGCAGAUUUGAUUAACGGUAUUGCGGAUUUAGGGCAUACUUAUGCAAUGAGUAGUGCAGCCAGUUUGGUCUCACCAGUCACUAAAUUCAAGGAAACUUUAUCAGGAUUACAAUAUGUUUCAAACAUGAAAAAAAUAACACAAAUGUCAGAUUUAAACCCUGUUUUAAGUCAAAUGCAAGAAAUAUCUGAUUAUAUUUUAAAUAAACAACAUCUGAGAUCAGCAAUAAAUUUAUGUACAAAUAACAAAGACAUGAUAUUAGAAAGUAUCAGUGAAUUUUAUAGUUCAUUGAAAGGUACACCACAAAACACAUAUACUUUUACACAUGGCCAAAAUAUUGAAAUGGAAGAUAGCGCUAUCCAUUAUGUAUUACCAUAUGCUGUAAAUUAUACAGCUAAAGCAAUUUUUACUGUACCAUAUACAAAUCCCGACUUCGCAUCAUUACGAGUACUUUCUAAAUUGAUCACAUCACUUUACUUACAUCCAGAAAUUCGUGAAAAAGGUGGAGCUUAUGGAGGUGGUGCUACAUUGUCAUCAGAUGGAAUAUUCGCAUUUUAUUCUUAUAGAGAUCCUAAUUCUACUCGUACUUUAGACUUAUUUGAAAAAGCUUAUGAAUUCUUAUUGAAGCAUCCAUUAUCCCAAAGUGAUAUUGAUGAAGCAAAAUUAGGAAUAUUUCAACAUUUUGAUGCGCCAGUUUCCCCAAGUAAUCGUGGAAUGAUUAAAUUUAGAUACAACUUAACGGAUGAUGAUAUUCAAGAACAAAGAAAAAGAUUGAAAGCUGUAACUAAAGACCAACUUAUGCACGUUGUUACUAAAUAUUUACAACCUGAUCAGAAACAUAUUAGAGUAGGACGUGCGUUGAUUGGACCAGUUAAUCACGAUUUAUUAAAUAGGCAUUCAGAAAAUUGGAAGGUUCAAAAUCAAGAAGAAGAAAUUCGAGCAAGAGCAGUCGAAUGAAUAUUUUGUGUUAAAAUAAAUAUUAUCUAUUGAUUAUGUCAAUCUACUAAUUAUAUUAAUUAUGAAUAUUAUUAUCAUAUAUAAGCUAUUUAUUAAAAUGAGUAUCAUUUAUGCAUAUUCAUGCACAUACACUUAUAUAGAACAAUUUAUGUAGUUACCAUGAAAUGUAUUGCAAUUUGUUGUAAAAUGUUUAUAUAAUAAAUGUUAUAAAAAUUGCUAUCAUAUAUAUGUACGCGUGUAUAUACGAUGUAGAUACAAUUAUAAAAUAUAAUUGUAGUUACAGGGUAAUAGUAAAGCUUAAAAUAUAUAUAAAUUUAUACAUAUAUAUUUCUUCACAUAUAUUUUUUAUAUAUAGAUGGCAUGUGUAAAUAAAUGUAUUGCAAAUA